GAAGUGUUUUGAUUGUUCUACCCCUGUUCCCACUCUCCCUACCCUCCCCGUAAUGUGUGACCACCGGGAUGUCUCAGGUACCACAUCAGCCAGAGCUGAUGUCGGUGGAACAAGACACCGGGGCACUGCCACGACGCAGUGCCAGGCUUGCAGUUCGUACCUGUCCUGUGGUACCUCCACGAAGCAAAUAUCAGCAACAGCGGCUCAGCAAGCGGACGACUCCAGCGGCAUCAAGUACAGCAUUGACAGUACCGGUUCUCACCGGAGUUCUUCCUGCAUGUCCGGUCCAAGGGGCCCAUGAACCGUUGGCUGACUACCUUGGGCGACUACAGGUAUUCACAGAUGCCGUAGCUGCCGCCAAGGUUCAGCAGGAGGCAGCAGAGGCAGAACGUCAGCGGCUGGCCAAUGAGGCGGCAGCCCAAGCUCAGCAGACUGCUGAGGCUGACGCAGCGGCACGAGACAGACGGAAUGCCACCAGCACGGAGUCCCUGAUUCAACAUGAGAAUCAGUGGACAACGCUACUCGAAGGCAUGUUCUUUGUGCCUACGGAAGUGCAGGCGGCUCCGACACAGGCGGAGGGAGAGAGAAGUAACCUGGCUACCCUGAUGUUGAGCGUGAUGAGGGGAGUAAUGUGGAACAACAAACUGCUGCAGGCACACCUGCUCGCGGAACGACAGCAACGACAAAAGCACCAGCAAGAGGUGGCUGUUUUGACGGCCGCCGUCCGCGACRCAGCAACACAGCGGCARCAACAGCAACARCUGUUGAACUCYACUCUCGCACRCAUCAACRGCAUUGAGGCWAMGGCCUCRGCAGCGCCAGGCURCACGACGGACGCGACGAAGCAGCUCAAYGAGCGCAUCSAUCACRUCGUCACUAUCAUYGGCGAACUAGGUGAUUUCACUAGUCCGGCCACGAUCAGCAGCACGGUGGCCRCCAUCAAGACGAGCAUCACCAAACUGCAGACAAGWCCGGACGCCGCUACAAAGAAUUACAAGAUGCCGCACUUCGACAUCAGCAAGUUCGACGACUACAACAAGUCGGACGCCUUGACAUGGUGGCAACGUUUCCUCACGGAAGCAUCGUGCCGCACUGUCCCGGAUGACGACAUGAUGAAGGCGCUUUACUCACAACUGAUUGGAGGAGCGCAGGCCUGGAUGAACCAUCUGGCGGCUACCAAGAAAUGCACCAUCGCCGAACUCCACACGCACAUCCCGUGGAAGGAGUUCGAGAAGCUAUGGUUCACCCGGUUCAUGGUCCGCAACGUCGUGAAGGCGGCCAUGAACGAGGUGUACACCUGCUCUCAAGGGAAUAUGCCAAUUCGAGACUGGACAACCAAGUGGCAAAAGAUAGUGACCACGCCAGGCUUCGAUUUGACUCGGUAUCACGUUGAGGAGAUGGGCCUUGCAUUCUUGCAUGCUCUCCCCUCGCCGGACGGACCAGCCGCGUCACCGCCAGACCCAUGCAUCACUCACCUCUUGGACGAGUAUGGAAACGUCUUCGAGGCUCCCACCGGAACGGUUCCGGAUCGGCCCAUACGUCACGGGAUCACUCUCGAGGCUGGUGUCGUCCCUCCGCUUGGAUGUAUCUACCGCAUGAGCGAAGAGGAACUCGAGGUGCUUCGUGCACAACUCGAUGACCUUCUCGACAAGGGCUGGAUUCGCCCUAGUUGUUCGCCUUACGGUGCCCCUGUUCUCUUCGUCCGGAAGAAGAACAAAGAUCUACGGUUAUGCAUCGAUUAUCGCAAACUUAACGCAAAAACCGUAAAGAACGCCGGCCCUCUCUCUCGGAUUGAUGAUCUCCUUGAGCAGUUAGGCGGCGCGACGUACUUCUCGAAGUUGGACUUGAAGUCGGGUUAUCACGAGAUUGAAAUCCAGCCUCAAGAUCGGUACAAGACCGCGUUCAAGACGCGGUAUGGGCAUUUUGAGUGGGUUGCCAUGCCAUUUGGCCUCACCAAUGCCCCCGCGACUUUUCAAGCAGCUAUGACGACUGAGUUUCACGACUUGCUCGAUCGCAGCGUCCUCAUCUACCUCGAUGACAUCUUGGUCUAUAGCAGGACGUUGGACGAGCACAUCAUACACCUUCGCGCUGUUUUGAAUCGUUUGCGACUGGCCAAGUACAAAGCAAACCGCGACAAGUGCGAGUUCACCAAGCAGGAGCUUGAGUAUUUGGGCCACUAUGUUACGCUGAAAGGCAUUCGUCCCUUAGCAGACAAGAUCCAAGCCAUCGUGGAUUGGUCGGAACCCCAUUGCACGACGGAUGUACGCUCUUUCAUGGGUUUGGCUGGAUAUUAUCAGCGAUUUGUCGAGUCAUACUCGAAAGUGGCCGCCCCUUUGUCGAGACUUCAGUCCCCAAAGGUGCCCUUCGAGUUCGACGACGCAGCCCGUGGCGCAUUCACUACGUUGAAGGCAGCAAUGCAAGCCGCACCUGCCCUCCGUAUAUACGACCCCACCCUUCCUACCCAAGUGACUACGGACGCUUCGGGAUACGGUAUUGGUGCGGUGUUGGAACAGUGUCACGAGGACGGUUGGCAUCCGGUCGAGUACUUCUCCCARAAGGUGCCUCUCGUCAACACUCUYGAYGACGCUAGGAAGAAAGAGCUACUCGCGUUCGUCACCGUYCUCAAACGGUGGCGCCACUUUCUUCUCGGYCGUCGGCGUUUUAAAUGGAAUACGGACAACAAUCCGUUGACCUUUUACAAAACGCAGGAUACGGUCACUAGCACGAUCGGUCGAUGGAUGUAUUACAUUGACCAGUUCGACUUUGACCCGUGCCACAUUCCCGGUCCCGCCAAUCGAGCUGCGGACGCCCUCUCACGACGGCCCGAUUUUUGUGCCAUUGUGACCACGGCAUUUGACCUCGAUGACGAUCUGCAGCCGCAUUUCGUCAAAGGCUACAAGUCUGAUCCGACUUACUCUACGCUUUACGCGGAGCUUUCAUCGGAUCACCCGCCGGCUAGCCACUAUCGGAUUUCCGACGGGUUCCUUCUCCUUCACACGAGAGGAAAGGACUUGUUAGUUGUGCCCCAUAUCGCAUCUUACGGACUCGUCUUCUCGGCGAAUUCCACGACGCACGACUUUCGGCACACCUUGGCGUGAACCGCACACUCGCACGCCUCCGCCAGCGUUUUCACUGGCCCAACGUCCUUCAUGACGUCA